GCAUUGUCAUAGCAACUAUUAUUUCGUAAUAAAAUACAAAAACGUUGAUAGAGGUUAACGAUCAAAUAGGUGAUUGCAUCUGCAUCGAUAUAACUGAUGGUAAGUACAGACUGGUACCAACUGGUGUGAUCUUGUUUGAUAUUUUUUUUCUUGGUAUAUUAAAGUUAUUAUAUUAUGAAGAUCGAGGAAGUAAAAAGUACAGCAAAAACGCAGAGAAUUUCUGCUCAUACACAUAUUAAAGGUUUAGGUCUUGACGAAAAUGGUACAGCUAUUCAAGCUGCUGCCGGUCUUGUUGGCCAAGAAUUGGCUCGUGAGGCUGCUGGAAUUGUCGUUGAUAUGAUUAAGUCAAAAAAAAUGGCAGGUCGUGCAGUUUUGUUAGCAGGUCCUCCUGGUACUGGCAAAACUGCAAUUGCUUUGGCUAUUGCUCAAGAACUAGGGAAUAAGGUACCAUUUUGCCCUAUGGUAGGAUCUGAAGUUUACAGUUCCGAAAUAAAAAAGACAGAAGUUCUUAUGGAAAAUUUUAGAAGAGCUAUUGGCUUAAGAAUCAAAGAAACUAAAGAAGUAUACGAAGGAGAAGUUACUGAAUUGACUCCCAUUGAGACUGAAAAUCCUAUGGGUGGUUAUGGGAAAACAGUAUCUCAUGUUGUUAUUGGUUUGAAAACAGCUAAGGGAACAAAACAAUUAAAACUUGAUCCCUCUAUAUAUGAAUCUUUACAAAAGGAAAAAGUAGAAACAGGAGAUGUAAUUUAUAUUGAAGUAAAUAGCGGUGCUGUAAAGAGACAAGGAAGAAGUGAUAAUUUUGCAACAGAAUUUGAUUUGGAGGCAGAAGAAUAUGUUCCAUUACCAAAAGGAGAUGUGCACAAGAAGAAAGAAGUCAUUCAAGAUGUAACUUUACAUGAUUUAGAUGUUGCAAAUGCUAAACCACAGGGAGGACAAGAUAUAAUGUCGAUGAUGGGACAGCUUAUGAAACCAAAGAAAACAGAAAUUACAGAUAAAUUACGAAAGGAAAUAAAUAAAGUAGUGAAUAAAUAUAUUGAUCAAGGAAUUGCUGAAUUGGUGCCAGGAGUAUUGUUUAUAGAUGAAGUACAUAUGUUAGAUAUUGAAACAUUUACUUAUCUUCACCGUGCCUUAGAAAGUGCUAUAGCACCUAUAGUUAUAUUCGCUACAAAUCGUGGUCGUUGUGUGAUCAGAGGAACUGAAGAUAUAAUAUCUCCACAUGGAAUACCUUUAGAUUUAUUGGAUAGAUUGCUUAUUAUACGCACAUUACCUUAUUCAAGAGCAGAAAUAGAACAAAUAGUAAAAUUGCGAGCAACUACAGAAGGAUUACAAAUAGAUGAUGAAGCAUUAUCUACUCUUGGCGAGUUGGGAACAAAAACAACUCUACGAUAUGUGGUGCAGCUUCUAACUCCAGCAGCAUUGACAGCAAAAAUUAACGAACGUACAAAUAUAAAAAAAGAAGAUAUAAAGGAAGUAGGUGCAUUAUUUUUGGAUGCAAAAUCAUCUGCUAAGAUUCUAACACAAAAUAAAGAUAAGUUUAUGAAGUAAAUCUUA